AUGUCGGCCACCGAAUCCCCAUCCUCACCGGUCUCCGGGAACAGGAGCGAGCACCCCGCCCAAGACACUCUCGAGAACCCCACGUCUAUUACCGAUCACCCUCAGCCUCAUAAUGAUACCCCGAACACCGAAAUGCCACAAGACACAAAGGAUACAGCAGCGGAAAAUGCGCCGCCCGUCCCAGACGAAGGGGAGCAGUCUCUUCUGUAUGUAGAGCCUAUCUCAGACCAGCCUGCAUCUGCCCCGGCGCAACCGGACUCGGUUGAGGGGCAGCUGGCUGGACUAUCAAUAUCGGGGACAGGCACGCCUGAAUCUCGGCCACAUAUCGAGGUACAAACCACUCCAGCGCCCACGCCACCCGAAAAAGAUGAAGCAUACCUUAACUUGGCCUCGACUGCGCCCGUUCCUAUACCGUCCAAUGAACAGAACUCCGUCCCAAGCUCCGAAAAAAAGCUGCCUGAUAUACCUGGAGGCAGCGAUCAUGAACAGAAGCCUACCACAAAGGGGGAUGGCGCUCGAGACGAAUCGGAUUCCCAGCCGGAAAUCCAGAGCAUUAUGGGACAGUUCCAAGACCCCGCGCGGACCACCGAUCAACAGCAAAUAAUGUCUCCUCGGCUAGAACUAGCGACCCAGAACUUCUUUCCUCCUCGAAGAUCAAGCUUGGAACAUACACAGUCGCCGGUGCCUGGUCCCUCCCCUGCAGUUCCGCAGGGAGGCAAGGCUUCUUCACCUACGACUACGCAUCCUCGUAAAUCUGAUGGUGCCGAUGAUUCUAGUUCAACCCGACGGUCAUCAACGUCUUCGACAAUUCCACCUCUCCCGGAGCCUGAACCGGAUCAGCCAUUCGAUUUCCACCGAUUUUUAGAACAGUUACGCCACCGCACUGCUGAUCCCGUGGCCAAGUUUCUACGAUCAUUUCUUAUGGAGUUUGGAAAGAAACAAUGGAUGGUGCAUGAACAAGUCAAGAUCAUCAGCGAUUUCUUGGCUUUCAUCACAAAUAAAAUGGCUUUUUGUGAAGUCUGGCGAGAUAUUUCAGAUGCUGAGUUUGACAACGCAAAGGAGGGAAUGGAGAAGCUCGUCAUGAAUCGCCUUUAUUCUCAAACCUUUGCACCCGCUAUUCCGGCCCCUCCGGCCAUUCCCCGAAGCGCAAGCCGUAGCCGACGGAGAGAGAUAGAGAGACUGCAUGGACCAUGGAGACGGGGUCAACACCAAGAGGACAUUGAGCGCGAUGAAAUUUUGGCGCAGAAGAUUCGCAUUUACAGCUGGGUUAAUGAGGAGCAUUUGGAUAUACCCAUCGUGAGCGGCGGUGGACGACGGUUUUUGAACUUGGCACAGCAAGAAUUAUUGAAACUUAAUGGCUAUCGUGCGCCCCGUGAUAAAGUGAUCUGUAUUUUGAAUUGCUGCAAGGUGAUCUUUGGUCUUUUGAAGAAUACCAAAAAAGCAGAUACAUCUGCGGAUUCCUUCGUUCCACUCCUGAUCUACGUGGUAUUACAUGCAAAUCCCGAUCAUCUUGUCUCUAAUAUUCAAUACAUUCUUCGCUUCCGUGACCAAGAUAAACUCGGUGGUGAGGCAGGCUAUUACUUAUCAUCCCUGUCUGGAGCCAUUCAAUUCAUUGAAACUUUAGAUCGCACCAGUCUUACAGUCAGUGACGAAGACUUCGAACGGAAUGUUGAGGAUGCCGUUUCUGCCAUUGCCGAACAGAAUCGGGAAGUCGAACCUCUGGACGAGAAGCCACCAAAUAGACCCACUACCCCCGGUGGUCCCUCGCAAUCCCAAUCAGGGCCAAGCCGCAAAGAUACCUCACAGUCUAGCGAUGAUGAUACCCCAGCGCCUGUAGCCGGCCUUCUCCGCACUAUCCAAAAGCCUCUUUCGACUAUUGGUCGCAUUUUCUCCGAUGAGCCCGAAAGCGGCUCCUCACAAGAUCGACCUCUGCAGCCUGCUGGAACCCCACAGCCAGCGCCUCCUCGUCUUAAUCCCAAUGUCUACCAACCUCCACGCUCCAGUAGUGAAGGUAGACCCUCCGGUGAUGAUUCUUUGCCCCCGCGCCAGAGCAGCGCCAGGAAGAACCUAACUCGUGUUCUUGAUGCCCAAGAUGCAGCCGCUCGGCAAGCUAGCGCUGAAGAUGCAGAGGCGCGACGCAUUCAACGUGCCGAACAUAGCAAUGUUGUUGAGACGCUAUCAAACAUGUUUCCUAAUCUAGAUCGAGAUGUCAUUGAUGAUGUGGUCAAGAUGAAGGAAGGAAGAGUUGGUCUUGCUGUCGAUGCCUGUCUCGCGCUCAGCGCCGAAUAG